GGGGCGGGGCAGAGUGUGCUCAAAAGCUCCCGGAUGCGGGGCCGGCGCGGAACUUUCCAGAAGGGUCGCGAUAGGCGCCGGGCGCGGAGCCGGCGCGGAGCGCGGGACCCGCCGCUGCCCAGGGGUCGGCCUCCGCCAUGGUGAAGGAGACUACGUACUACGAUGUGCUGGGCGUCAAGCCCAACGCCUCCGCCGAGGAGCUGAAAAAGGCGUACCGAAAGCUAGCGCUCAAGUACCACCCUGACAAGAACCCCAAUGAGGGCGAAAAGUUUAAGCAGAUUUCCCAAGCUUACGAAGUACUGUCGGACCCGAAGAAGAGAGACCUCUAUGACAAAGGAGGCGAGCAGGCUAUCAAAGAAGGUGGCUCCGGUGGCGGUUUCGGGUCACCCAUGGACAUAUUCGAUAUGUUCUUUGGCGGCGGUGGGAGGAUGCAGAGGGAGAGGCGAGGCAAAAAUGUGGUCCAUCAGUUGUCAGUAAGUUUAGAAGAUAUGUACAAUGGUGCCACAAGGAAACUUGCACUGCAGAAAAAUGUUAUCUGUGACAAAUGUGAAGGCCGUGGUGGUAAGAAAGGUGCUGUGGAGUGCUGUCCUAACUGCAGAGGCACGGGCAUGCAGAUCAGAAUCCACCAGAUUGGCCCAGGAAUGGUGCAGCAAAUCCAGUCGGUGUGCAUGGAGUGCCAGGGGCAUGGGGAGCGCAUCAGCCCCAAGGACCGCUGUAAGAGCUGCACAGGCCGCAAGAUUGUGAGGGAGAAGAAGAUCCUUGAAGUUCACAUUGACAAAGGAAUGAAGGAUGGUCAGAAAAUAACAUUCCAUGGUGAAGGAGACCAAGAGCCAGGACUAGAACCGGGGGAUAUUAUUAUUGUCUUGGAUCAAAAAGACCACUCUGUAUUUACCAGACGAGAUGAAGACCUUCUUCUGUCUAUGGAUAUUCAGCUGGUUGAAGCACUGUGCGGCUUUCAAAAGCCAAUCACCAUGUUGGAUAACAGAACCAUUAUUAUUACCUCCCAUCCUGGCCAGGUUGUUAAACAUGGGGAUAUUAAGUGCGUGUUGAACGAAGGGAUGCCGAUUUAUCGCAGGCCAUAUGAAAAAGGACGACUGGUCAUAGAAUUCAGGGUGAACUUCCCAGAGAAUGGCUUCCUCUCCUCAGAUAAGCUGUCUUUACUUGAAAAACUGCUACCUACACGGCAGGAAAUAGAAGAAACUGAGGAAAUGGAGCAAGUGGAUUUAGUGGACUUUGAUCCAUGCCAAAAAAGAAAACACCACUAUAAUGGAGAAGUCUAUGAAGAUGAUGAGCAUCACCCUAGAGGUGGUGUUCAAUGCCAGACUUCAUAAAUGGGCCAGUGAAUAACUUGUGUUGUUUGUUUUGUAUGCAUUAGGGGAUAAGUGAAGGAGCAACAAGCAGUGGACCUUCACUUUUGCUAUUUGUUGUUCUAUCCAGCCAUAGUUGUUUCUAAAAGCAUAAAAAAAAAAAAUAAACUUCAGCAAUUAAACUGUCUUUGCAAUUUAUAUAGAGCUCCAGGAUGCAAGCUCAAAUGAAGUUGAUUGUACUUCAACCCCUGCCUCUUGGUCACAAAAACUCCCUUAUACCUGCUUGAUUUUUUUAUUCUAAGCGUUGUAUGUGUGCAAUUGCCCAGGCUUAAACUAAGAUUGUGUGGUGGUCUUUCAUAGGCAUUCUAGACCUUAUACUCUGUUAUAAAGUAUGCACAAGUACUUAUAGUUCAUGGUAAGAUAUAGUUAGCUUUUGUACCAGUUAGGAUAACAUGUUAAUGUUUUGGGCUUGUACUGCUGUUCGUUAAAUAGGGGCUGCACCUAGUGCAACCACAUAACACAUGGAUCUGAGGAGGCUGUGGUCAAUCUUAAUAGGCCUGCUCAAGCCAUGUGAUGCACAAGCUCUCUGAAGCUGCCGCAUGCCAAGGUUAGAUUGUACCUUGCUCUGCCAGCUUUUUCCUGACCCUGGAGCUAGAUGUGAAGCUGAAUACUGCAUGGCUGCUGUCCUCCACUGUCCUUCCUGCAGAACUAGCAUUGUGUAGGGCUGCUGCAGGAGCUUCAUUGGCUACCAUGUGUAAAAUACCUCCACACUUGUGGUUUAGAAUCUGGCAUGUGAAGCUUGACUCACACAUUAAUGUCUGAGAUCAGUUGCCCCUCAGUGGUGUGUCAUGGAAAGCAGUACCAGCCGUGUUGUUGGGCACAUGUGAACCUGCAGAGGAGAGAAAAUUGCAACCAAGUGCUGCAGCCAGGAUGUUCUGAAAUCAAUGUAUUGUGUGCGUUAUUUUAAGCUGACUCUUGAAAGUUCUGUGUGAAUGUUCUGAUUAUUGUAGAUGAAGCAUUUCCAAUAUAAUUACAAAA